CCCUCUCUCCCGUCGUGUAAUUGGCGGGGCCGCGGGGCGCUCCUGCCCCCCCUGUCAACGUGCAUGAUAGGCGGCGCAAACAGCACUAUAGCUCCAGCACAUCACAUCCGACUUGACUUCGUAGCUCCAGAACAACAAAAGCCAUAACCACAUUCGCGCACGAGAACGACAACUUGAUCCGACGUCGAUUUACGUCAACUUCUCUGAGUAGCAAGAUCAACUUUCGAUAACCUCGGGACUUGUGGCGCAUAGACCAAUCGACACAGAUGGCGUCCAGUCGAAAGUAUGCUGCCCUGCCGGACCUGGAUUCCGCGCCAGAUAUCUACGAAACACCAGAACUAACAGACGACAAUUCCACAGUUCCGCCUACAACUGUGAGGUCACCCUCCGAUGACGAGUUCGAUGAGGAAGAGGAUGAUUCUGCCGCCAUCUCCCGAUCGCGUCUCCGGAUCGAUGCGGCCCGUUCGAGGUUCAUGCCUGCUGCGGUAGACGCCAGCGACGUCGACUUCUCAGACCGGCUCAACAGCAAGAGGAAAUCCUACAAGACUGCAAGUCGGCGGCAACGGAUUCUAGAGGAUGGCACCGAGGAGCUGGGCGACCUAAGCGAUGAGGAUGACGCAGAAAACCUGGCGAGAAAGCUUGCACGGCUAAAGCGCGAAAUCGAGGAAGCCAAGGAGGAGUACGAGAGGCAGAAGGCAGCGGCAGAGCAGCCCAAAGCAGAGACGGUGGGCCAGGACGAGGAGGAAAUCGAAUCCCUGAGCAGGACCUUGGAUGAGAUGUCAAAGCUCGAUGACUUGCUUGCGCCUAGAGCUACCGUCGCAGGACCAACCAAGUCUGUUCGCAUCGAUGAGGGACCGUCGGAAACGACAGAAGGCUUCGCGAGUUACACCGUUACCUAUGCACCGACCUACGAGGAAACACAUGCGCUAGCAAAGGCAGCCGACUUUGACCAACGGCUCGUCAUCCUUGAGAAGGCCCUAGGGGUUGGGUCUCCAGAGAUGCCCGAGUUCGAUUCAAACGGCCUGCCGAGAGCGAUACUACCCAUUCUCGAGACUCUCCAUAGUCAGGUCAAGACCUUGUCUGAGGCCUCAACAUCCUCAUUGGACAGCAUCACUCGCAGAGUUCGAACCUUGGCACAGGAGGCCGAAAGUCUCGAGAAAGCGCGCAAGAAUGCAAAGGCAGCUCAGGAAGCACUUGCAUCGACAGGCGCGACGCCAGUAGUUGAUCCAACUGCGGCCGAAGACUCGGAGCUGACGACCAAGAUCAACGCCCUCUACGGGACCAUCCCAACGAUCGAGAACCUGACACCUCUAUUACCCCCUCUGCUGGACCGUCUAAGGUCUCUCAGGGUGAUUCAUGCCGAUGCCGCCACGGCAUCUGAGACGCUGGCACGUCUAGAAGCAAAGCAGGCUGAUAUGGCAGGUGAUAUUCAACAGUGGAGAGAGGGCCUGGAAAAGGUUGAGACAGCCAUGAAGGAUGGAGACGCUGCUAUGCUCAAGAACAUGGACGUAAUGUCGGGAUGGAUCAAGGAGCUGGAGGCGAAGAUGGCCAAGUUGAACUGAACGCCAUGUUUGUUGUGUCCAAGUAUCAUACCCAAGUCUAGGUGAAAUGGCUAUCACAUACUCCAUGUUACUUGUCACUGCGAGAUUCCAACUGAACGGACACAUCACUACGUAAUUUUCUGUGAGAUAUUCCGGUGUGUUGAAAUUUGAGGCUGAGACGUCUAGAUUUAAACACCAUUGGUAAAUCUAUACAUACCUACACAAUUGCAGAAAGUCGAGUAUUCAAGUUACCAAUUGGUACUUCUCCGAGAUGAGAACCCUGACGACUCAAAGCUCC